CUGCGCGUAUAGCGACCGGCCGAAUCUAGUAUGCGCAGUUCUAUCCACAUGAGAGGAUCACGAUUACCACUGACACGUCACUAUAGAAGGGAAGCGUUCAAAAAAGAGAAGAUUGCCGCCACGUCGACGCUUCUUCCGCCAUGAAGGCAGGACAGGCGUUCGUUAUUGCUGUCCUGCUGUGUGGCCCUGCUUUUGCCGAAAGGGGGACUCAAUCGUCAACAGCAACAGCGCAGGGGACAGAGCCAACUAUUGCUGGAAACGGGUCUACAGUCCCUGUAGAGCAGUCAUCAUCUACAACACUACAAGCUCCUCCUUUGUUGCGCAAAGCACGAUCAGCUGCGAGGUAUCUGCCGACAUCCUCGGACUAUGAGUCGCUUCCAGGUAGGACACCACGAUACCCGUCGGGAAACGCGGCGGGAGUAGGCCGUCCCCUCCCAGGUGACAAACUACAUGAGCGAGAAAGGAUACCCCCGCAAGACACACCAUAUCCAUGGAACAGACGGCCCAGUGCCGAUAAUGUACCUUUCGCUGGUGAAGGGCCGCUUACCCCAUCAUGGUCUCUUCAAGAACAUCCACUAUAUGCAGAAGAAGAUUCGUCUUUCCCCAAAGGACGACCACAUAGACCUGGAGGACCAGGCCCAUUUUAUCCAGGAAACAGGAAGCCUAGUGUAGGGGGUGCAUCGUUUUCAGGAGCAUCACGUGAUCCUAACGCGCCUAAUCUGCGGCACCCACCAUAUCUAGGGGAUACCCUGUCCGUUUUCGAUGAUGCACUACCUCACCCAAGUGAUGGAUCGCAUGCUCUAGAAUGGACUCUAGGAGACCAACUUCAGGGUGAAAAAGAUUCGGCUUCCCCGGAACGACCAUAUAGGCUUGGAAGACCACCUCUGCGACGCCCGUUACACCCAGAAGACAAAACAUUUGACGUAGAGGACGUACCGUUCUCAGGAGAACCACACAGCCUUGAUCCACCACGUCUGGGACAUCCUCCAUAUCUUGCAGAGAGCCCAUCAAAUGUCGAUGUUUUUGCACGGUUCCCAAGUGGGGAAUCAGAUACCCCGGAAUGGUCCAUAGGAGACAAACUACCCAGUGGACAAGAUUUUGCUUUUCCAGAACGGCCACACAGACCUGAAAGACCAGCUCAGCGAAAACCAUCAUAUCCGGAGGACGAACUGUAUGAUGUUGACGGCACACCGUUUCCGAGAGGCACACUGUUUUCAUAUAACCCUGGAGCCCCACAUCUGCGCCACCCACCAUAUCUAGGAGACGAACGUCCAACGUCGUCCAACGUCGAUGAUGUGCUACGAUCUCCAAGUCUGGGAUCACAUACCGGGGAAUGGAUUCCAGGACAUAAACUGAUCACUCGACCAAAUUUGACUUUCCCGGAACGACCACAUAGGCCUGGAAGACCACCUCUGCUGCACCCAUUACGUCCAGGAGACAAAUUGACAGGCUUUGAGGACGUGUCGUUCCCACGAGGAACACCAUAUAGACCUGACGCGCCACCUCUGCUAGAACCACCACAAACAGGACUCAGACCGCCCAGCGUCGAUUAUAUACCAGGGUUCCCAAGCGGGGGAUCACAUACCCCAGAAUGGACACCAGGUGACAAAGUGCCCAGUGGAUCAAGUGCGACUUUCUUUGAACGACCUCACAGACCUGGAAGACCACCUCUUCGACACCCGUUACGUCCAGGAGACAACCUAUCUGGCUUCGAGGAUGCAUUUAUCUCACGAGAAAGACCACAUGGCCCUGAAACGCCACGGCCGCAACACGCAUCACCUCUAGGAGACAGACCGUCCAGUGUCAACAGUAUACCACGCUUCCCAAGUGGGUCACAUAACCCGGCAUGGACUCUGAGAGACAAAUUGCCCAGUGAACAGUACUUGGCUGUCGAGGACGGUCGACCUCAUAGACCUGGGAGGCCACCUCUGCAACACCCAUUGCAUCCUGGAGACAAAUUGCAUGGCGUAAAGAGUCUACCGCCCGCACGACAAAGACCACGUAUCCCAGAAAGCUCAGCUUUGACACGAGCACCAGGUCGAAAAAACAAAGUGUCCAGCACGGGACAUGCACCGUUUCAGGGAGUAAAGUCGCACGGACGUGAAAAGCUACCUCGUCGACGCGACAGGCGAACAACCCGUGCCGGAAACACGUCUCCUGUCCCAACCGAACGUUCACCAACACGAGCGCCUCCUAUUAAGCGUGUAGCAGCUCUGACUGGGAACUACUCCCUGACGCCCUUGGCGUCACAUUUUACAGGUAGGUCAGGGCAACGCCAGCUAAGCACAUCGGCGAGAAGAGGGCGUCGUCUGCACUCAGCGUUGAAAUCGUAUGUCCGACCGAAGCACAAUGCUACUAUGCCGCGAUACCCUCCGUAUCCUGCUCAUGGCAUUGCCGCCGACAGAAACUCACCGUUCUUACGAGGGCGAUAUAGCUCUAAACAACGGCUUCCACAGCGAUAUGCGCCUUACAAAAUGCACGAGAGAGACAAUUCACAAUUCACGGGGGACAAACCUCAAGACUCAUUUAUGAGAGAAAGGUUACAUGAGCCAGAAAAAUUACCUGCGCGACACCUAUCCUUCCCGGGAAAUACGCGGCCCAAGGUUAACGACAAAAGGUGGAAAGAUCAUAUAGAGGAAAGACCAUAUAUUUCGUCGGAAGGGAUACCUCCGCGUAGUCCAUUAUAUCAAGGGGGCAGUCAACCGAAUGUAGAUGCACCAUUCUCAGGGGAAAGAUCGCAAGGCGUAGGAGAUUCAUCUGUGCAAAACACGUGGCAUUUAGACGACAACUUGUCCACAGAGAAAGAUACACCCUUCACAGGAGAAAGACCGCAUGCAGUAGAAGACCCAUUUGUGCAACACCCGUCGUAUUUGGAAGACCAAUUGCCCCAUGGGGAAGGCACACGGUUCCCAGGAGAAAGACCACAUGGCGUAGAAGGCCCAUUUCUGCAACAUUCGUCGAAUCCGGGAGACCGAUUUCCCCUUGCAAAAGUUGCACCAGGACUGGACGCACCCGACGAAGGAGAUUCAACACCGAUAGAAGUUGUAUCAGAUUGCCCGCCGUAUAUGUGUCCAGAACAUCCAACACCUCCACCAGGCUGGCCGGAAGGCUUAGACCUACCGGUACAACUGCCUGGUGAAUGGCUUGGUGGCUCAGAAACGCUUCCACACGCAGACAACGGACAUGAUUAUUCACCAUUCUUAAGCGAAAGACACGACUCUCCGGAAAUGACAUCCCCACCAUACACUCCGCCAUACCCAGAAGGCAACCUACAUGACGGAGCCAUUUCACCGUUGCGCCCAAGUCCACUUGACAAGCGAUACCCGCCAUCUCCUGAAUACGUCCUGCCUGAUCGAGGAUAUUCAUCGUGGCCAAGAGAAAUACCAUAUUCUUCAGGGGGGUUCCCGACGUCUGAAGAGUAUCCGGAAGUUCCAGUGCAGGUUAUCCGUGUUCCAACAGGAGGUUCACCGUACGAUAGUGGGGUCAUGUUGGUUGUGUCAUCCUCAACAGAUGGCCCACAGUCCAAUUACGCACUACUAAUAAUACCAGAUGAAAGCCCAGCUGGACCACACCAAAGAAUUCCAACGGUAGUCCCGCCGUAUUCGCCAGUAAGUUAUACACAGUUCGCUGAAACAGGGCUCAGGUACCCACGGGGAAACCCACCCCAAUAUUUCAAUUUCGCAAGGGCUUCUCGACGUGACCAUCAGCAUUUUUUGAAGAAGGACAGGGAAGGACUGCAAAUGUCAGCAUAGGACAAGCCUUGUGUGUAACGCAGGACAGCACCUAGAUCGAAUAACUGAUGUGCUCAUUUGUUUUAUAGGCAAAAAGAAAACGCUUGGUAAAGAUAAACAACAACAACAAUAGUUGAUGACAAAAGAUAAAUCUCCUUCACAGAUCCGCUUUUUCUGACAAUACAAUAAUAAAGGUACUCGAAGUACA